AUGAAGUCUACUAUCGCUUUCACCUCUGCCUUCCUGGCAACCCUCAGCCUUGUUGCUGCCGCUCCGGCCCCGGCGGCAGCGGAAACAGUAUCCGUCUCCUUCGACCCCAAAUAUGAUGUUGGAACAUCCUCCCUGAACACCGUCGCCUGCUCCGACGGCGUCAACGGCCUGGUCACUCAAGGCUAUACCGACUUCGCAUCGCUGCCAAUCUUCCCGAACAUUGGCGGUGCGAUCACCAUCGCGGGCUGGAACAGCCCUAACUGCGGCAAAUGCUACGCGUUGCACUACUCGAAUGGCAAGAUUGACAAGACAAUAAACGUCAUUGCUGUUGAUACCGCCCCGGGUGGCUUCAAUAUUGGCCUGCAAGCCAUGAACACGUUGACCAAUGGUCAGGCGGAGCAGCUCGGUCGUGUUGACGCCACUUAUGUUGAAGUGGAAGCCAGCGCAUGCGGGCUAUGA